AGCACGCACCUGCACGUGCUCAUUCAUCAACAGACGCUGAAGCACUUGCCAAUCUCUGCCGAUCACGCUAUUGCCUCUGCCCCGUCAUAAUUCUUUGUUUCCCUAACCCCUUCUUUGCCUCCUGCACCUCCGCAGGUCGUCUUAAUUAUUUUCGUCGCUUAUUGCUCUCCCCGCACCACACCCGCCGCUUCCAUGGCCGCUAUCCCGGCACCACACCGUGCGGCAGACGGCGGACACCGGAAGGUGCUGCUCCUCGCCGUUGCACUCGCCCUCCUCGUUGUCCUCCACGCACGCGCCGCACCGGUCCCUCCACCCGCCGACACCGCACCGCACAACGAGCACCGGUGCGGCUUCGACGAGUUGGAGGCGCGCACGGUCGGCACGCGUGUCAGCGGCAUCAGCCGCGUGGUGCCGCCCGCGCUGUCGCUGCGCAACGUCGACGCAGUCGCCACAGCCGCAGCGGACACCCCCGCCUCCUGGCAGCCCAUCCGCAUCCGCGUCUUCACCGAGGACUUGGAGGACACAAACAAGUUCUGCACAAGGGCGGGUCAAGUGCGUCCCGACUUUGAAGGCGGGAGAUCCACGUGCACCGGUGACGACGUCCUCACGGACCACAAGAAGAAAGUGCUGAAGGAGCUGCUGAUCCCUUCCGCCAUCAAGCUGCACGAGGAGCGCCUCAACGUGCAGCGCGUGGACGGCAGCAUCGUCGUUGGUCCUUCCAUCUCCACCGACGGCAUCUGCGGUCAGUUCACCGUCCCCUCCUCGCACACCACCACCGGUGUCAGCGACGCGGACUUCGUGCUGUACAUGUCGGCGGGCCCCACCAGCGGCACCUCCAUUGCCUGGGCCACGACGUGUCAGAACUUCGCCGACACCGGCCGCCCCUCCGUCGGUGUGUCGAACGUGUCCCCCAAGUACAUCUCCGCUGACCCGAAGACGGUGCGUGUCAUCACGCACGAGCUGCUGCACGCCCUCGGCUUCAGCAUCAACUCCUUUCUAUCACGUGGAAUGUACACCACUCGAGGUCUCCGAGGCAAGGGACGAUCUCCUGUCCUCGUCUCCUCCAACGUGGUCGCCAAGGCCCGUGAACAGUACGGGUGCCCCUCCCUGCGGUACAUGGAGCUGGAGGACGAAGGUGGUGACGGCACUGUCUACUCGCACUGGAAGCGGCGCAGCGCCAAGGACGAGCUCAUGGCCGGCAUCAGCGGCGUGGGCCACUACACUGCCCUGACCAUCGCCGCCAUGGAGGACAUGGGCUUCUACAAAGGCAACUACACCAACGCGGAGCCGAUGUCGUACGGGCGGAACGCCGGCUGCACGCUUUCCACGUCCAAGUGUGUGAUUGACGGCGUGUCGCAGUUUCCCGAGAUGUUCUGCGCUUCUUCGGAUAACGCCAUGACAUGCACGUCCGAUCACACGGCACUGGGUUCCUGCGGUGUGUAUCAGUACAAAUCUGAUUUGCCGCCCUACUUUCAGUACUUCUCAAACCCCACGUACGGCGGUGCGGACCCUCUGAUGGACUACUGCCCCUACAUCGAAGAGUACUCUAACUCGAACUGCAGCACAGAUACCGGCAUACUCCUCGGCAGCACCUACGGUGUGAACUCGCGGUGCUUGGACGUGCCUUCCGGCUUCGCUUACGGUGGCAGAACAUCUCCCGUACUGUUGGCCAUCUGUGCGGAGGUGCAGUGCAACAGCCCGACGUACUCCGUGAAGGUCGCCGGUGCCUCGAGCUUCACCGCCUGCACCCCUGGUGCGACUCUGUCGCUGCCGCACCUCAGCCCCUCGUUUUCGUCGGGCUCCCUGACCUGUCCGCGCUACGACGACGUCUGCACCGGGCUGGUGAAAGCGACGGAGUACAAGGAGUCCGCCACGAGGGGAACAACUCCUACCGAUGGAACGCAGAACAUGAGCGUGACAACAACAGCGGCACCGCGGAACUCGAGUGGGCCUUCCUCCUCCGCUCACGGUGACGACAAUGCGUCGACGAAACAACCGAAGGGAAGGAAUGUGGCUACUGGGCUUUCGAGUUCAGUUGCAUGCGGAGGGCUCCUCUUGGCUAUGUUGUUCAGUGCAGUUCUCGCUGCGUAG